AAACAGUUUUGUAUGACGCACCCAACUGUUGAAGGAGGACGGACAUUUUCUAGCGCCUGAGAGCGAGACGAGGUCGCAGAGGAACACGCGAAAGAGCGCAACGUUACAAGUCACGAAGAGCAAAAAUAAAAGGAUGAAUUUAUAUCAAAAUAUAUAAAUGAACUGUGUGCCAAAUUUCGUACUUGUAUACAAUCAGAAAAUCUGGUCGAACACCACUGUAGAGCUCGAGCCACGGUUCGGAAGAUGUCGGCCGACGCCGCGAGGGAGGACGCCUGCCGAGAGUAUCAGUCGUCUCUGGAAGACUUAACGUACAACAGCAAACCGCACAUCAACAUGCUGACCAUCCUCGCUGAAGAGAAUCUACAGUUCGCCGAGGAUAUCGUCGCUAUAAUUGAAGCACAAAUUGCCAAGGCGCCCACUGCUGAGAAGCUUCCUGUUUUGUACUUAGUGGAUUCCAUAGUGAAGAAUGUUGGAGGACAGUACCUUGAAGUGUUUGCUAAAAACCUAGUCACUUCCUUUAUAUGUGUGUUUGAAAAGGUGGAUGAAAACACUAGAAAAUGUCUCUUCAAAUUGCGUUCCACCUGGGACGAAAUUUUCCCUUUGAAGAAACUGUAUGCAUUGGAUGUCCGCGUGAACUCGCUAGAUCCUGCUUGGCCCAUUAAGCCUUUACCACCAAAUGUGAACGCUAGCAUUCAUGUCAACCCUAAAUUUUUAAAACCGACUGAAGAUGCAGCUCCUCCUCCUGCAGUCACUGAGAAGAACUUGGCAGAGGAGCAAAUAAUAAGGCAGCAGUUGCUUGCUAAGCAAAAACAGUUGUUAGAGCUUCAGCAGAAGAAGAUAGAGCUUGAACUUGAACAAACAAAAGCUCAACUGGCGGCCUCUUCAACCAACCCACCUCACAGUGUUCCAGCCCAUUUUGAUCCACCAGCUGCGAGUCAGCCAGCUCCUAAACUAAACAAGUCAUGGCCUCCACCACAGCCAGACAAGCCAUCAAACAGAGAUCCUAGGUUAAACAGAGCUUCUGGCCCAUCUGUAAAUGCAAAGGAACCAGGGGCAGUCCGUAAGGAGGGUCAAGUCACCCCACCUGUUGUCAAUGCACCCGAAAAGAGAGUACCUGUACCCCCCGAAAGGCCAAGUAAACUAAUGAGAAUUCCAAAAAAAGAUACCUCUGCAACCGACGAAAAAGCGAAAUCCAAGUCAGUAUCGCCAUUAAGCAAAGGAGGCUUUCAUAAAGGCAAAGAUUCAGAGCCUGAGCACCCAAAGACAAUUGAUACUAAUAAAAAGGACCCAAGGUUGCGAAAGCCCGUGCAUGCGACGAUCGCCCUGAAAGAGGAAGAGGUUAAAGAAAAGAAAAGAAGUACAGAGAGGAAAGAACGGGAAGACUUGGGCAAGGCCAGUGAUCCACAGAGAUCCAGGGGCAAGCUAGUAAAUGGGUCUGUGAAUAAGCAUGACCGAUUCGAUACUUUUCAAAAACAAGAUGUAAAAGUCAGCAAAACGGCCGUCAGAAAACGCUCUAGGUCUCGUUCUCCGCCUCAACACUCUCCUAAACGAAAAGACAGGCGAUCGCCGAAGAGGAGAACGAGAAGCAUUACGCCGCCUCCAAAAUCAGGAAAGGCUAGGCAAUUAAGCAAACAUAAUGAAGACGACACCCAACAAACAAAUGUCAGGGAGGAUCGGAAUGCACCAAAGAAGUCUGAACCGAGGCGGUUAAAAAGACCACUGGAAGAGAGAACUCUUGAGCACAGAGAUGUCCAGCCACAGAGGGCAUCAUCCGUGGAGCAUAAGAGUGCAAAAGACACCAAGCGAUGGAGAAGUGGAUGGGAAGAAAAUAAACUUGUUAAACAACCUGAAUCUGAACUCUCGCAUGGCAAAGUCAGCCUGCAGAGGCAUAAAUCGUGGAACAGCUAUCAGCGACCUCCGGCGCCACGGACACCGAAACAGCACCGGCUGAGUGUCGACGCCAACCUGCAAAUUCCAGACGUGCUUAAUUCAGCAUGCAAGAGAGAUCUUUUACGAAAGGCUAGCAUGCGAUUGGCUAAAGGAGAGCUGACCCAGGAAGAAUUCCUUAACGUGGCCCAUCAAAUCAAGCAAAUAUUUCAGUAUCAAGAAGAAAGACAGCGUUCUGAUUCUUGGGAGGAACCUGAGGAACCAUGCACCAGAAAGAAACCCCAAGGCCAUAUGUCUGAUGCUGAACUCUCUUACUUCGAGCACAAAUCGAAGCUGAAAAGAACACAGCUGCAACGCCCAGCCCUUACACUUCACCAGAUCUCACCAUUAAGAGAGAAUGUGCAACAUCACAGGUCUCAACAAGAGCAUGAUGAUCCAUUCAUCGUAGAUGCAAUCAAAAAGGGCAGUGAGACCUUUAAACCAUUCUUAGGGCCUGACGACCCCCGAAGAAACAACAGGCCACCAUCUCGAACUGGACCCACUUUCAGAAAUACCCCAAGUCCAGUCAGCGAUGGAAACGCUGGUAAAUCGAGUCUGCCAUUUGAAGGAUCAACACAGUCCAUGGAUAUAGAUCAACUUGAGGAUGGAGAUAUUAGUCCCAGGUUUGAAAGCCCCAACAGCGUUCACUCUGAUACGGGUCCAGACAAUGAUGCGCCACUAAGCUUAGAUUCUUCAAGGCUUGAAAUGCUGCUUGGACCAGGGAGAAGUGGCAGAACCCUUAAUGAAUCCCCUGGCCAAACACCCCCUCACGCUACUGAAGGGUCUAACGCGCAGGUAAAUGUGCCAAGGCAUGAAGGCGCAAAUGUCCCGCCACGAUUCGAGGGCGACAUGAGUUCCCAUUCUCAGUUUGAAGGAACACAUGGUCCUAUGGGACAGCCACGAUCAGACGGUCCUUCCAGGCCUCACCCUUCCGGAAGAUACGAGGGAAAUGCAGGUCCAGGAAGAUACGACGGUCCUGGUUCUCAUGGUCCACCUAGAUUUGAGGGGCAUAGUCGAUAUGAUGGUCCUAGCCCACACAGGUUUGAAAGACCCCCACUGCUGAAAGGGCCUGGAAGAUAUGAUAAUCAGUCAAUGCCACAUGGGCCAAUGAGGUACACAGAGCCUCAUGGCAGAUUUGAAGGGCCAGGAUCAGGCCGUUUUGAUGGUCCAAUUGGAAAUCAAGUUCCUGCAAGAUUUGAGGGUCCAGGAUCCAUGCGGUACAACAGUCCAAUGCAGCCAAAUAGAUUUGAUGGACCCGCAAGGUUUGAUAAUCCCCAUAUUUCUCAAGGAGGAUUUGAAGGCCCAAAAAGAUAUCCUUCUGGGAUAGUCAAUUUCGAUGUACCAAGAAGAGUUGAAGGGCCAGGAAGUCAGCCAGGCAUGAUGCGCUUUGACAAUCCAGCACAAGCAGCACCAAUAAGAUUUGAUGGACAGCUGUCUGUUAUGCCAAGAUUUGACUCUCCACAACAGGGUCCGUCACGAUACCGUGGACCUCCAAAUAUGCAAAAUUCCUUCAGACCACAGGGUCAGAUGAUGAUUGAUCAGCCUCAGAAUCAGGGUCCAAUAAUGAAUCCUGGUGUCCCACCCCACAAUUUCAACAUAGGCACCCCUAACACCUUUGAUGGUCAACCACUGCCAUUUCACAUGCAACAGAAUGUCUCACAGGGGUCUAACUUUAAUGUGCCAGAAGCCACACCUUCAGGAUUUCAGAAUUCCUACAGGCCUAUUGGCCAAUUUCCUGGUGCUGCCCCAGCAAACCACCCUCAGCCUAUGCCUGUUAUGACUGCUCCGGUUCAAAACUUUGGACCAGUUAACCCAGCUCCUUUCAAUCUACCAGGUUCGCAGUUUGUACAACCCGAGAGUCAUUUAGGCCAAAUGGACGUUAAUGACCUGAUGUCUAAACUGAUUGAUUUUGGAAUAAUCAAGCCAACAUCAGCAGACUCGAACAGUGAAUCCACCUCUGCAACUCAAUCUCAGAGUUUACCGGAAGAAGAGGAACCCGAGGAGGAGGAGCAGGAUGAAGACGACGAUUUGCCUGAUUUGACCGGCUUUGUUGUAGAUGACAUGAAACAAAGACAUGAAAGUGUCAUCAUCAAACUGUACACUGGAAUCCAGUGCUACUCCUGUGGGAUGCGCUUUACUGCGUCUCAGACUGAUAUUUACGCUGAUCACUUGGAUUGGCACUACAGACAAAACCGCUCAGAGAAGGACAUCAGUAGGAAAGUCACCCACAGACGCUGGUACUACAGUCUCACGGACUGGAUCGAAUUUGAAGAAAUUGCUGAUCUCGAGGAGCGGGCAAAGAGCCAGUUCUUUGAAAAAGUGCAUGAGGAGGUUGUACAGAAAAACCAAGAAGCAGCCAAAGAGAAAGAGUUCCAGAGUGUGAAAGCCGCUGCCGACGUUGUUCAUGAGUUUUGUGAGAUUUGCCAAGAGCAGUUUGAGAUGUACUGGGAGGAAGAUGAGGAGGAAUGGCACCUGAAGAACGCCAUCAGAGUUGAUGAAAAGACAUAUCAUCCCUUGUGUUAUGAAGACCACGCAAAAACUUCUUCCUUUGUGGAUGCCACACCGUCCCCUAAUAAGAUGCUGACAGAAAACCCUUUAAAUGCUUUCUUAAAGCAAGAGAGAGACGGUGAGGCGUCAUGCUCCAGUAUUAAAGAAGAGCCGACGGAGGGAGACGCCGAGGCUGUAACGGUAAAACAGGAGGUUCAGGAUGAGUCAGAAGGAGGGUCACAAACGAUUAGUGCAAUUCCGUUUUAAAACGCACACUGCUGCUUUAAGACCUUCACUCAUGGUUACUUGAGUUUCUGUAGAAUUAUUUUUUUAUACAGAACAGCUCUGAGGCAGGGUCCUCAGCUAUGCAUACAUUUGAAUACAUUUUUGUAUUUGUAUUUGCCUGCAAUUUUCAGGUGUUUCUUUUUGCUGUGUGAAUGCCAAGUGAAAUGUACAAUAAAAUGAUGUAUGUUGGGGGUAUGUCAAUGUGUGUAUAAUUUAAUUUAUAAAUAAAGAAAUAUUUUUUGGUA